AAGAAGACAGUUUACAGUCCUAUUUAUCAGUCCAAACACCUGAUGAACUAUCUGUCAACAGACCUGAUAGCUCAAUUUUAGAAAACACAAGUGCAAAUGAAGAAAGCAAUAAUAAAAUAUCUAAAAAGCCGGUUUAUAAAAAAGCAAAA